AUGGCGGGGUGGAUGCCCGGGUUGGAGGGGAGGAUCGCAGGGGACAAGAUGAGCCUGAGCGACUGCGAGGAGAUCUGCCAGGUCCUCCAGUCCUUCGGAGAAGACUCAUACACCGACGAGAAGACCUUCUCCUGGUCUGGAACUGUCGUGAGUGAGUUCGUCCGGGCGACGAAGAAUGCCGCAGCGAAGAGGAGAGGAGAGGACUGGCACAGGCUUGCUGAGGAUGGAAGAAGCAGCAGAAACAAGGCAGGAGGAGACACAGGUCCCUCUCCCCUUCAAGUAGUCCACGCGAAAUGGCUUCACCAUACCAUCUCACAGUCCUGCCCGACCCCGCUUUCGAAGAACAUCGUCACAAUUGCGUUCUCAUCCAACGUCCCUCUAGGUCCCGCAAGAGCAGGAGGAAGCAAAGAGUCUCUCUGCUGGCUCCAGGUCUCAGGUCUCCACAUGUUUGCACCAUCCGAUACAGAGGAUCCUCUUCUGGACCUGGGUGGCUCCAUUGCCAAACUUUUUGCCAACAGCCCGGACUCUGAACAAGGAGGAAAGGGCUCGUGGAACGACAGGGGUGAUCUGUUGCUCUACCUCCGAGGAGUGCUGAGCCCGCGCAAGAAGCACUUCCUAGAGCUGCACGUCAGGAAUCCAGCCAUGCCUUUCGCUAUGGAUCGAGUUUCCCUUGAAGCGGUCGGAUGUGUAGAGAUUGACCCCGUUUACUUGACGGACAUCAACUCAUCGCAUUCAGAAGUUUCCAAUGACAGGAUGACGCAAUCAGCAGAAGAGGCAUUCUUCAUCUAUGCUGGGAUACAUUCGGACACAAACUACCCAGGAUCCCUGAACACUAUCACUGUUUCUUUUUCGCUGAAUCGCCGAAUCAUGCAGGGAGCGAGGGUCGUUGUUUCAGGAUUGAGAGGGUCCGCUUCUGAGGACGACGGUCAACUGGAAAUCACAUUCCCAGGGGAGAAGGAGAAGGCGGCCCCCUUUGCCAACACGGGAGUCUGGAGCAAGGGAGAUGGCACGUUAGAGGUGCAGGUUGAAGAAGAAUUGGCGCCUGGAAAUAGGUCCUCGUUCUCGUUCAAGCUUCAGAAUCCUGCUCGCUCUCAACCUCUCUCACCUCCUUUCAUAUCGAUCGUGGGCUCGGAUACGGCAGUUCCUGCCGUUGAGUUGAAGUUCCAGGAGUCGCCAGGUGAUCUGGUCAGUGCUCAAGGAAGUGAGGCGAUAGAGCCGACAGACGCUGUUGUGCGGAAUGCACGAUACGAUUGGUAUGAGACUUUCGAGGCGCAUCUCAGGCUGCAGUAUCCUGAUCUCUAUGCCAACAAGCAAGAAGAGACGCUCGAUCUCCGUGAGAAGUUUGUGAGGAUGGAGCCGUCGCUCCGAGUCGGCAUUUCGCAGCCGUACACAGUCACCUGCAUGAGAAGUUCGGGAAGUGCGAUCAGUGUGAGCUGGCAACCUUUCUUCUCCGGCAAGGCUCUAACGUCUGAAUCCCCAACUCCUCGCGAACAAUCCGUGUUCUUCGUUCAAGUGUCGGAAGCUGACGCCCAUGGCAACCCUGUGAGCUUCAGGACGGUGUUUGCUGGCCCCAGCACAAGCUGCACAAUCCCAGCAGCUUUCUGCCCUCCUGUCUCCCGCAAGACCUGUGUGCGUGUAAGGGAAGAGUGCCUGGAUGAUCAGGGCAGGCUCGUGUCAAGUUCCUGGAACUAUGCUGACCUCAGGGAGGAAGCAGAGGGAGGAGAGGAGCCAAGGAGCAUCGAUGACCUGUCGUCUUUCCUCUCUUGGUCUCCUUCCAGGUCCCAUCCCAGCAUGACCAUCGGCCAUGGCGGGAAGUCUGUCAGGAAUGCGUCAAAUCAGAGAUGGAUAGGAGCUCUAGGAGCGAAGAAGAUUCAAGGAAGCGUGCGAUGGCGUUUCUCUUUCUCCGGACGGGUCGAGCGAUUGGCCGUGGGCAUCGCCAUGGAGGAUAUCCCAGUGGACGAACUCCCGCGCGCUAGCAAGGAAUGGAAACAGAGGACAAGGACCCACUGCAUCGCAUGGUUGUCAUGGGACGGCAGCAUACUUUGCCGGGGGGAGGUCCGCGCUCCCACCCUUUCGCGCCAUGUGGACAUGGAGUUUGCAAUGUGCAUUGAAGGAGACAGCAUCGAGGUGUGGGUGGACUGUGAGCGAGGGCAGGUGGAGAUCCGAAAGGACAAAGAGGUGCUGCUGCGUGAAACCAGCAAUGACAUUUUCGGGUGCGGCGUGCCCUGGUUUCCCUACGCAUGUUCUGACUGCCCUUGCACCAUUUUCCUCGAGGAGGUUGUUGAUAGUAAAUAG